UCCUCAGAGUCGCCGCCAGCCCCAGUUCCCGGGCAGCCGUUAACGGCCGCUUGCGCGGUCUGGGGCUAGUGGGGCUCGGGCGGCCCUCGCCGGGUGGCGCUGGCGCUGUCCCUCUGGUACUGCCCUCCCCUCCCCUUCCCUGCGGGCGAUGGACGUGUCGAGGGACUUCUUCGGUAAGCUGCGGGCCCUAGCCCUCACGCUGGAGAAGGAGGCGAGGCAGCUCGAGAGGGCCCUACGCGGAGAGGACGUGGACUAUGAAGAUGAAUCUCCAAUAAGAGUGUUACAUGACCUCCAUUGUGAAAUCAGGAGUCUGAAGGAAGAUGUUAAUGCCAGUCUUGGUAAGAGUUGCUCUGAAAAACAAGCAAUUCAUGAGUUUAUGAAGGCAAGUGAAAUAUUGAUGCGAAGAAAUGCAGCAGAUCUUGGAAAAAUAAGAGAGCUGUUCCAGAAAUACGGCUACAAACCACCUGUCAAAGACUCUACAGAAGAGGAGGAAGAAGUUGUUAACAGCGAUUCAACAAUGUCUGUCCAGACUAAAUCUGAUGAAGGAAAAGCAGAUGUACCUCAUCUUCCUGCUUGUACUGAGAAGCCACUGGUGCCCACAGACCCACUGCGUAAUCCCCAGCUUUCUGAUUUUGGUCUUUCACAAUAUGCAUUCUCCAGGCCUUGGAGCGCAGUGAAAGGACAACACGCAACAAAUGCAUAUCAAGAAAAUUCAAAGAACAGGACUCCGCUAAAAACACAGACACCCUGUAUUUUGCCCAAAACACCAAAAUGUAUGCUAAAGAUGGACGAUUAUGAGUGUAUAACACCAAAACUUGAACACUUUGGCAUUAGUGAACAUACCGUGUGUAUGAAUGAAGAUUAUACGAUGUCACUUAUUCGUAAAACUGCUCAGACAAGCAAGAAUUUGGUUAAAAAAGAUGAUCGUGAAGUGAAUGUACCAGAAACGACAUCCAGGGAAAUCAUGUUUACUCCUGGGCCAAAACCAAAAGUGACAGCUGAGAAUGCAGCUGGCUGGAUGGCUUCUCCUAUGGUAUUUGUGUUCUGUACUCCUGAUGUGAAAAUCCCUUCCAGAACAAAUAAUACAGUAUUAUCAAGGUCACCGGAGACAAAUGAACUGCCUCUUCCCAGUCAUACAGAAACACCACAGUUUCCAGAUUUUGAAACAAGAUGGCUAAAAACAGAAGCUAAGCAGGUGAAGCAGGGGGAAAAGACUGAGUCAGUGACAAAGAAGGAUGCAACGGAUAAACAAUACGUAGAAAAUAGCAUUCCUUUUGCUGUGAGCUCUGAUGAUUAUCUUAAACAUUUUGGAGACCCUUCUCCUCCUAAAAUAAAACACUAUGACCAGUUAUUCAAUACUCCUCCACCUCCAGAAAUAACAAGGAUACCAGAUGAUGUUCUACAGAUUCUGUCCAAGUAUAAUCAUAAAGUAGACUCUUCUAAAGCCAAGGAAAUGGAGACCAAGGCAGGAAAUACUAUAAGAUGUGGAAGUGAUUUCACUGAUUACUGCAAUAAAGAGAACAGAGGAUAUCCUGGAUUUUUCAAGCCAAACAACUGAAAUCAAGCUCUGAAGACGGUGUUGAGACUGGUUUACAUUCAUGGAUCUUAUCACUGAGACAUAACAAGCUCAAAAAGCAAGAGAAAAUACUGGUGGGAGGAAAGAGCCAGACAAAGGAAAAGCUUUUUUAAUGGAGAAAAAUUAUUUAUCCAUGAUGUGGAUAAACUUGUUUGAACUAACAACUUGUGCUUAAUUUUUUAUUGAAAUUAUUGGCAAAAUAUAUUGAGGGUUUUUAAAUAUAUAUGUAUGGUUCAGAGGGCUGGGUUCAUGUAUGAGGUAGUACUUCAUUUGUUUCACCUGAUUCUCUUGUUUAUUGUGUAUGCUUGCAUUUGCAGUAGGCUGUAGAGAAGUGUAGUUAGGUUGCAAUAAAGGGAAAGUCCAGUAUAUCACCCCAGAAAGUGGAUAUCUCUGGCUGUUCGGGUCACACUGUACACCUUUUCAGGGCUGAGUUGGAAGUGUAGUACUUGAACAGUAUUUGGUAUCUUCAACAGAAGCAAGUUUGGUUUUUUUAUUGGAAGAGUAACUCCUGCUUUACUGUUUAAAACACUUCUAUGUUAUUAGUCAUUUCUGCAAUACUAAGAUGUAUCAGAAAUAUUCCUGCAUCAGGCUCUCUGUUACUGUCUCACAGACAGGCAUUUCUUUUAUGCUGCUUCACCUUUCUUGUUACAGUUUUCUUACAUUGACAUUGUAUUAGGUGUUACACAUCUGUUUUCCUUUUGACAUUUUAACCUCUGUAGCCUGACAAGGUGACUCUGGCUCAAAUAUGAAUUAUUUGAAAAUAUAUUGUGCAAUUGGUA